UGUCAUUUUAAGCUGUCAUAAAUCAAUUAGAGAGCUACAUUAGCAUCUUAAGACAGUCUUAAAAUAAGACAACUAUGAAUGGUAAUGGCAAGAGGAAUAUGCACUCGACUGAGGUUAUCACUACUUGCCUACUAAAAAUCUGUUUGUAAUUGGUCCAUCCAUCUUCACAUCUACAUUAGCCUGUAUUUCCACGUUCAUCACAGCGCCAUCAAUGAGAAUUUUUGAAAAUAUUCAGUUGACUACAGGAAGUAAAACAUUGUAGAAUUUAUAGGAGAAGAAAGUGGAGAAACGUGGGUGGAAGGGCGCUAAAGAACACAGAAGGAUUAAACAAGGAAUCUUUGUAGAGCAGAGGCAUCCUGUGCUCACUGGUGAGACUUGGAAAAUGGGAAAUGAGGAUGGUCUUGGUGUAACUACCGGGCAGCCGAAUCUCUACAAGCAAGAUCUAUCAAAGCUCGAUGUAAUUAAAUUAACUGCAUUGUCACCCGAAGUAAUCAGUAGGCAGGCUACAAUCAAUAUUGGAACUAUUGGACAUGUAGCACAUGGAAAAUCAACAAUUGUGAAAGCUAUUUCGGGAGUGCAGACUGUUCGUUUUAAAAAUGAACUAGAAAGGAAUAUCACUAUUAAACUUGACGCGGCGGGUUGCAGCAGCAGUGAAUCAGCAGCUAUACCUGGCAGCAUAGUUAGCGAAAAGUCAGCCGUUACCCAUAAACAACAUUUAUCCAUAAACGUCUCUUCUGGAUACCUUUAUCCACCAUCGUGCGCCAAGAUGCCCAAAGUUCACGAUACACAGGACCACAACAACAUAUCUCAUCGCUUGAAUGGCAGCAUGCGCCUGCGUCAUCCUUCAUCUUCCUCCUCCAAACGACGAUACUCCUAUUGUGCUGGAUGCCUUGACACAUCAUCGUGCGCCAAGAUGCCCAAAGUUCACGAUACACGGGACCACAACAAUAUAUCUCGUCGCAUGCUCCUGCGUCUUCCUUUAGCUUCCUCCUCCUCUUCAUUGGUGUGUUUAUUGCCUUCAUCAUCGCAUCAAACAAUUAAAUGCCAGAAGAUGCUUGAAGCAUUUGACGACGAUAGCUCUAGCACGCGUAGUGGAAGUACGAGCACGAGGGAUCUAAGUAGUGACGGCCAGCAAUCCGACUAUGAGGAAUUGUCAUCCAAUAGUAGAUUAUUCAUACGAAGAGACAUGAUUCCAUUUAAUUUGAAGCUGAAGGAGUUGCGAGUGAAGUUGUCCGAUGUUCUGCUCAGUGAAAAGCAUCGAAAAUUAGUCGCAGCGGCGCUCGCCAGAUCCUCUUCCGCGUCCAACAAGAAUAAGAUGAAGCUUUGGGAAGUGGAGAAGAUUCUACAAAAGCGUGAACAUAGGGGACAACCACACUAUCUGAUCAAGUGGAAAAACUGGGAUGUCAAUCACAACUCAUGGGAACCGUUGCAGAAUCUCAACUGCGAAGAAUUGGUAUAUGAAUUUGAGAACGAGCGGAAAGAAUUGAUCACUCAAUUCAAGAUAAUGGCGAACUUCUAUCCAGACAAAUUCGAUGUUGAGCUUCUUUUGGCGCGAAAAUAUGAAAAAUCUAAUAAAACGAUCAUUGACGCUACAGACGAUGCUAUUGUUGCCAUCGCUGGGGAUACUAUGUACGCCGAAAUUCGACGUUACUUAAAUUCAAACUCGCGCAAUACCGAGUUGGAGCAAAAGAUCAAACGGCAGAUGUUGUUCAUGCUGAUGCUUGAGCUGCGGCGUGACCAACUCGUAUCCCUAAAGAAGUGGGAGACCGAAAUGAAUGAUGUUGCGAAGGGCAAGCCGACGAUAAAAGUAGAGAACCUGGUGGAUCUGGCGGGUGCACCACAAAACUUCGAGUAUAUCAACGAGUAUGAGUCAGAUGAAGAUCAGGUUAAAAUACCGAAUGAUCCACCGCUCGGUUGUCAGUGCGAAGGCAUCUGUGGGACCGAUAAGAAGUCCAAUUGCUGUUUUGCACAGAACAACAACAAACAAACGUUGCCAUACACUUCGACGGGCCAGCUACGCGUGAUUGCAGGGACACCUAUCUACGAAUGCAAUAAGCGUUGCACCUGCGACGAGACUUGUCCGAAUCGGGUGGUACAAUUAGGUACCAACGCACAACUGUGCAUCUUCCGAACGAACAAUGGACGUGGCUGGGGUGUGCGCACCCAGUGUGCGAUCAAGAAAGGCACUUUCGUGAUCAAAUACGUGGGUAAAGUGAUUAAAAGCAAGGACGCGGAUAAUUGUAGUAAAGAGUACAAUGAGACAGGUUGUACAUAUCUCUUUGACCUCGACUACAACCAACAGCCGUGCCCAUAUACUGUGGACGCAACUAAGUGUGGCAAUGCGUCACAUUUCAUUAAUCAUUCUUGCAAUCCCAAUCUCAAGGUCUCGGUGGUUUGGAUCAACUGCCUGGAUCCGGAUUUGCCGGAUCUCGCGUUAUUUGCUCUCAGGGAUAUUGAGCAUAAUGAAGAACUUACAUUCGAUUAUGGUACGCAGAUGUCGCGUAACAAUGCGACUUCGACAAAUAGGGACGCCUGCAAGUGUGGUGCCGCAAAUUGUCGGAGCGACAACUAUAAUUUGAAAGGGAAGAAUGUACUCAGGACUAACUGAGAUGAAAAUAGUAACUCAGGCAGUAUGGUUACUCAAAA